CAGGCCUCGACCAUCGAUGGCCGGCGGAAGGGAGCGUGUCUGUUCUGCCAGGAGUACUUCAUGGACCUGUACUUGCUGGCCGAGCUGAAGACCAUCUCGCUCAAGGUCACCACCGUCGACAUGCUGAAACCGCCUCCAGAUUUCAGGUCCAACUUCGACGCGACGUCGCCGCCCAUCCUGGUGGACAACGGGCUGGCCGUGCUCGAGAACGAGAAGAUCGAGCGGCACAUCAUGAAGAACGUGCCCGGCGGCCACAACCUGUUCGUCCAGGACAAGGAGGUGGCCACCAAGAUCGAGACGUUUACAGCGUGAAAAUUCAAGCUGAUGCUGAUGAAGGGCGACGACCACUCGAAGCAGGUGCUGCUGUCGGUGCUGCGCAAGAUCGACGAGCACUUGGGCCAGAAGAAGACCCGCUUCCUGACGGGCGAGACGCUCUGCUGCUUCGACUGCGAGCUGAUGCCCAAGCUGCAGCACAUCCGCGUCGCUGGCAAGUUCUUCCAGGAGUUCGAGAUUCCGUCCGAGUUUGAGAACCUGUGGCGGUACAUGCACCAUAUGUACCUGCUGGACGCGUUCACCCAGUCGUGUCCGGCCGACCAGGACAUCAUCAACCACUACAAGCUGCAGCAGGGCACCAAGAUGAAGAAGCACGAGGAGCUGGAGACGCCGUCGUUCACCACGUCCAUCCCGCCGUCCGUGCAGGUCGAGUGAGCGGCCGACAGUCCGUCGUGGCCGCCGCCUCCGCCGCCCGGCCCAGUAGAGGUCCAAUAACGAUUACCGCAUAUACUGUGUACGCGCGCGUUCUGUGGCUGGGGUGGGAGAAAGUGCCUUCAAGGGGGGAGCGGGGAGGGUGUCAUGGGACCUCGGGAUCGCUUGCGCGCCGAUCGGUGCACCGCUCGGCCGGUCCGGUGCUGUCGGUCUGUUAUGAGACACCGAUUCGAACGCGUUCAGCCCGAUUCGGCCGAUGCGCGGAACCGGGCCUGAGUACGGACGUCCCCGAGCAGGGGUACGGACGUGCCCAAGCGGGGGUACGGACUUCCCCGAGCCGGGAGUACUGACGUCCCCGAGUCUGAGUAUGGACGCCCUCGAGCUGGGAGUACGGACGUCCCCGAGCCGGGGUACAGACGUCCCCGAGCCGGGGUACAGACGUCCCCGAGCCGGGGUACGGACGUCCCCGGGCCAGGGUAUGGACGUCCCCGAGCCGGGGUACAGACGUCCCCGAGCCGGGGUAUGGACGUCCCCGAGCCGGGGUACAGACGUCCCCGAG